AUGAUGGGCUUCAUACUGAAAGCGUUGCUGCUGGCCAGCAGUGCUACAGCAGCGUCCCUCGACGGGGCGCCUAAAAUGAAUCAGUUGAUGCAAACCAAAGCAAAGGCACAAUGGGGCUGCGGCAGCUGCCAAAACGUCCCUGACGGAAAGUUCCUGUCGUUUCGUGCAGACCCGAAUGACAAAAGCAAAGGCUUCAUCCUCAACAGUACCCCCAAUUACUUCAUGACAUCCACCUCAGGCCAGCUCGACGAUUCCAUCGAACUUCGAGAUAUCUCGUCGGCGAAAUCCGAGGGCAAAGAUGACGGCUCCAACUUCAUCAGUCUCGAAAACGACAUCCCCAUCCCCGACGCAUCUACGACUGGGCUUCGCGGCAACGGCACAAAUUACGACGAACUCUCUGUCUGGAUUUUUGGCGCAUACCGCUUGAGCGAGACCUCUCAACCUGAUGCUGACCCCAACGAAAUGAUCGGCUUCGAACAUAACGAGGACUACUUUCAAGGCACCAAUGGCGCCACAGACUGCACCUACAAAUCUAUCGGCGUCCGCUACAGCAAAGACCUCGGCAAGUCCUGGACGCGCUCUGUUCCCAUCGUCACCACUGGCAAAGAAACAGAAGAAUGCGACGACAGCCACCGCUUUACGGGCGGCGGGGACUUCGCGCCCGCUUGGAACCACAAGAAGGGAGAAUGGGCGAUCUUCUCCCCCGAGACGAAGGGUCUCGGGCUGAAAAUCUCCAAAGAACCCAUGGCGAAGCCGGGGACGUGGACACGCGUAAUGGCGGACUCGGGAGCUACAUCGCCUGGCUUUAUCGGCACUGGCAACGAAGACGACGACGCCUCAGUCCCAGCACUAAACAACAACCCCGGCGCAAACCCGAGCAUCAUUUUCGACAAAGCAAAUGACGUUUUUCAUAUGGUCUGGGGACACUGGGGCGACGGCAUCGCGUAUUCCAAGAGCCCGGAUCUAUAUACCUGGGAGCCGUCGACGUACAUCGUUCCCCCCAAAAGUGGCGAGUAUCCUGCGAGCAAGUAUCCCACAUUGAUCGGCGAUGAGGGCGAUACGCUUACGACUGACGGGACGGCGCAGUUGUAUUUUGGCGCCGACAACAAAGUUGGCGAGGGGAGAGCCCUGUGGCAGGUCACGGUGAAUUUUGGCGGUUCCGGCACGGGCGCAGGAAAUGCGACAAAUGCUUCGACAGGUACCGCAUUGGGUGAUACUGCGACGAAUAACACGGCAACGACAGCACAGACUGCACCGAGUUCUGAUACCUCUGGCGCUCCCUUGUCCAGCACAAGCGGUAAUACAAGCGGCGGUGUACCAGUUGCGGCAGGAAGUGUUGUGCAGCCAUCGGACACGGAGAAGAAACGACGAAAUCGCCAGGGUCGGCGACGCCGUCCUUCUAGCACCUCUUGA